AUACCAUAACAAUGUAUUUAAUAUUACAAAAAUAAUUAAAAACAAUGAAAACCACGCCUUUAAGAGAUAGUUUUACGGUUGUACCACGUGACCCGGCUGUCAAAUAUGGCACCCUCCUACUGGGUGUGAGAGAAGCGACAGCUGACAAAGGAAAGAAAUCUGUCAAAAAAGGACGGCACUGAUUCAUAUCACAACGCACCUUCGUCCGAAUAACACUGCACUUAUGCGAGAUCCUCAGCAAGUGAAAAAUGCAUGCCAAAUGAUGAAGUGUGCCAGAGAGAGGAACUGACAGAAGAAGGCCUUCAUUGUUGCAGACCAUCUGUUAAGAUCAAACCUCCUCCCUCCCUGUGAGCCUCCAUCCCGCAGCCAUGCUGAUCAACCCAGUGUUCGUGGAGUCCGCUGUAGUUUUGGCUGUGGUGCUGUGUGUCCACAUGGCGGUCUGGAACCAGCACUCUUGGUGCAGCAUAGCCCUCUUCAUCCAGGCUUUCUACGUACAGCACAAAUGGGACCGUCUGCUGAGAUCAGGGGGCGCCGUGUUCCAGUUCCGUCCUGCGGCAAACAGCGGCAUCGUCCCGGCCUCCAUGGUGUUGCCUUUACUGGGCCUGGCGCUGAAAGAAAAGUGCUCUGCCUCAGGGAAUGUCUAUUUUGAGCGCUUCUCCAUGGUGGUCACCAUCACAGGCAUGAUACUGGCUCUGUUUCUCUCCCUGAUUGCGCUGGGUAUCACGAGACCCGUACCCACCAACACUUGCGUUAUCGCAGGCAUGGCCGGCAGUGCAAUUCUCUACACGACAAAACAGACGCUGACAGUGUCUGAGGUCAUUGAGGUCUUAGAGGUGCUGUUGAUCUUCGUUUAUCUCUGUCUGAUUGUGCUUUACCUGCUGCCACGUUGCUUCACACCUGGAGAGGCGCUCCUUAUUGUCGGUGGAAUCAGUUUCAUCGUCAACCAGCUCAUCAAGCGCUCCCUGAACCUGGCAGAGGUCAAAGGUGAUCCAGUGAACUAUUUCCUGCCAGUCGUAGUGGUGGGUUCACUGUUGCUGGGUGUUUUUUUUGCCCUGCUCUUCUGCUUCAUGGAGUCCGAGACCUGGGUGUCAUCGCUUUUCUUUCACAUGAUGACAGCCGUUCUGGGUCUGGGAAUCCUCAUGCCGUGGCUCUCCCUGUUCAUCAGCCGGCACCCCAUCAUGUGGCUGUUGGACUUUGUCAUGUUAAAUGACAGAAGACUCUGUCUACUGGGGUACUGGGUGUUUCUGGCUGUUGUGGCCACUUGUGUUGUGUUACACCAGAACUACCAGCGGCAGUCAGGGUCCAAGAAGCACCAGGCCUCCACUAUUGUCAGGAAGUACUUCCAUCUGAUUGUAGUGGCCACAUACGUUCCAGGGCUGAUAUAUGACAGGCAGCUGCUCCACGUGGCGUCUGUGGGUUGCUUGGCGGUUUUCUUGUUCCUGGAGUAUGUGCGUUACUUUCGGAUCAGGCCGCUGGGUCAGCUGCUCAGGCAGGUGCUCACCUUGUUCCUGGAUGAGCGGGACUCUGGGCCUCUUAUCCUGACCCACAUCUACCUGUUGCUGGGCAUGUCUCUGCCCAUAUGGCUGUUCCCUGGGCCCUGCGCUCCCAAGGGGAUACUUCCUGGUGCAGGAGGCCUGGUGCCUUAUGCAGGUGUGCUGGCCGUGGGAGUCGGAGACACCGUGGCGUCUGUGUUUGGCAGCACCAUGGGGGAGAUCCGUUGGCCCGGCACUAAGAAAACCAUGGAGGGGACUGCAACAUCUGUGUUUGCUCAGAUCAUCGCCGUGGCCAUGUUUCUCAUCUUUGAUGGGAGCAUCAAUCUGAACUCCACCUACUCAUGGAUUGUUGGCUCCAUCACUCUGGUGGCCAUGCUGGAAGCCUACACCUCCCAAAUAGACAACCUCUUACUCCCACUCUACCUCUUCAUCCUGCUGUUGCUUUGACUGGACAGAUGGCACAAACAAAAACAGAUCCCUCUGCUGUCUUCAGCACUUUCUGAGGGGAAGAAAGAAUGGUGAAUAUGGGGGGAAACAGUGUAAGAAAUAUGACCAUAGAAGUCCCUUUUAGGAAUCAGUGGACUUGAUCAAAAAGGGGAGUCGUUUUUACUAGCACAAGAAAGGAAUAAUUAAAAGCUGACAGCUUAAUCAAGCCGGGUAAUUGUUAUGUCAACAAACCAAUGUGGCACUAAUAAAAUCUACUCCUUACUUUGUGGCGGCAGACUUGAUGUUAGCAUGACAUUAGAGUCUGCUGCCUUCAGAUCACAAGUAAUUUCAGUAUCAGUUGCUUUGAGAAAUGAGACGAUCAUUUCAGAAUAAGUUACAAAGAAAUGUGAGCAAGAGUUAAUAAAUAUUCUUUGAGCUGCGUCUGUAGUGACGGCAGCAGUGUAUGGUUUCUUUGAGUGUCACUGUCCUGACCACGAGGCACUCGACCACUAACACCAACAACUCCUGAAUUAUGCAACAGGAGAUAGUUUAGCAAAGUGCAAAAAUGUCCUUUUAAACACUUUCAGAAUUCUGGACAGUACAGACGCUGCUAAAUGGUACAUUUUGAUCAUCAGUGAGAAGGUUUACGUAUCUUGUCCCAAAUGGAUACAUGCCUUUUGUAUUGCCUUUGAAGAACAUUAUUUAAGGUUAGCUUAUUGAUAUGUCCUUUUCUUGAUCAACGUUUUUGUUAUUAUUUUGCCUCCCUGAUGGCAAUAUAAAGUACUUACUGCUGAAAAUAUUUGCCUUAAGAAGUAUAUUUUCUAUCACACAUUACCUACUAUUGUAGAUGCUGUAGAUGAAAGCAUGGCAGCCCCUCUCAACUCUUCUUUAUAAGGGCUGAUUUAUACUUCAAUAUGGCAGAAACUCAUUAUGCUCCUGCAUGACACUAAUGUGAAAUUCAGUACUGUAACAUGUACGUAUCCUGCAUUAUAUUUUUGUUUGGUAAAUUGACUUUGCUUAGUAUUUCUGAGGUUUGAUGGGACAGCCCUUAGAGGUAAUGUUAAUAUAUACAUUUCCCUGUGAUACUGAGCCUUCAAACCCUGCAAAGUUUUGGAGUCUGUAAAUAUGCUUUGGGCCAAAAUGAUGAACAUAUGCCCAACUUUUUUUUUUGCAACAAUUGAUCCAUAUUAUCAUAUUUGCUUUAUAGAAAUAUCCUCAAAUGUCAUCAGGUUUUAUCUCAUCAUUCUUAGAUGAGGAUGCUACAGUUUAUAACCUGAAAGGUGUUUUCAGCAUGAAUUAAUUAACAGCCUUUGGUUUAUGGUCAUCUGUAAAAGUUCUUUGGUGUUUUUUUUUUUUUAAUUUAUGUUGUAACAAUUUAUUAGCAUGAUCCUACUAGUAUGUUGUUUUUCCCAUCAUCCUUACAUUUUUUAAAAUGUGAUAUUGCAUGUUGAGUGCAUCAGUGAAGAAAUAUAAAAUUGAUAUGGCUCCUAAUUUAAUCCAUUUGUUUAAAACUCAUCAGACGAUUGAGAAGCAGGACCUGUGUGACUGAUUGAGUGACUGCCCUUUGACAACAAACUCUUUGGUUUCGCAGUUUGAUGUUAAAAUGAACAUAAGAGGUUUUGAUGUUGUGGUUAUUUAUCAUUCAUGCAUCAAUUUUAGUUAUGUCUUAAAAUGAACAUACUUGAAAAUAGAAAUGCUUACUGUUGUUUCUGUAAAAAUAGGAAUCUGCCAUCUCAUUUUGACACAAAUUUGAAAAAGAUUACCUUGAACAAGAAUAAUGCCUGUUGGUGACAAUGUUGAUGAGGCGUUGCUGAAUAAAAGUAUAUCUAAAUAUC